GUCAAUUCUAUAGUACCAGAUAUCUGUAAGUAUUCUCAAUUGUUUGACAAUUUGCUCAGUCUGCUUUCUAGUUCAGUGUCAUCCGAGCUUCCUGCGUAACAACAAUGGCGCCCAAGGCAGAGAAGAAGCCCGUUGAAAAGAAGACCGCCGAAGAGAGGAAAACGGUGGGGGAGAAGACUCCUACCGCCGCUGCGGAGAAGAAGCCCAAGGAAAAGGCUCCCCCCAAGGCUGGUAAGAAGAUCGCCAAGGGUGCAGGUGAUAAGAAGAAGAGGAAGAAGAGGAGCGUGGAAACCUACAAAAUCUAUGUGUAUAAGGUUUUGAAGCAGGUACACCCUGAGAUCGGCAUCUCCAGCAAGGCCAUGUCUAUCAUGAACUCCUUCAUGAAUGACAUUUUCGAGAAAUUGGCCGCAGAAUCGUCAAAGCUGGGCAAAUACUCGAAGAGAAACACUCUUUCGUCUCGUGAGGUGCAGUCGGCGGUCAAAUUGACACUUCCUGGCGAGCUUGCCAAGCAUGCCGUGUCCGAGGGCACAAAGGCCGUGACGAAAUAUACAUCCGGUUGAUCUUCUUUUUCCUCGUGCUUUCUAUCACUUCUGUUACGGUGUCUGUAGACACCACAUACUUUUGGAUCUGAUGUUUUCUUUCGAUUUUGUUGGAUUUUUCUUAGGGUUUGAAGUUUAAAUAUUUCUGUAAAGAAACAUGAUUUUGAUUUUGUGUGACGCUUUUAAAGCUGUAAUUUGUUUCCAUUGUAAGGGGUUCAUUUUAAGAUAUCUUCUUUUGAAGAACACUACUUAUUAAUCUCUA